CGUCAGUGAGGGCUGGGGAAGAAUCCGGACAAAGCACCCCAGGGUUGGGUACGACCCCAGGGCAGUCAGGUGGCAUCCUCUAAUCGCAAACCGCAGCAGCGAAUCGGCCGCGGUGGGAGCCAAGCACCGAUGCAGACAUUGGUGGUCAUAGACGAAGACAAAGUUCAGAGCCAGACGGUGGACAGCAAGGUUGCAGACUGGGUGAAUCACAUUCCUGCUGGAUCGAUCCGGACAUGGGAUGAAUUGGGGUUGCGGUUCCUAGAACAUUUUGCAGGGAACUGCCGUCCCAAGAAGCACUUCACUCAUUUGGCUUCAGUGCGGCAGAAGCAUGGAGAAUCCUUGAAGAAUUUCUUAAUCCGAUGGAGGAAAGAGUCCAGGGAGGUUGAAGGAACCGAUGAUAAAUCCAGAUUGGCCAUGUUCACGGCAGCAUUGCAAGAUGGUCUCCUUCAUACUGAUCUCACAACUCAUCCUCCGGAUACCUUUGAAGAAGCAAUGGUCCGGGCCGGAAGGUAUGUGACCCUGGAGGAAAGGAAGGGGGAGAAGAAAGAGAAGACUCCUAAAGAAGAGGAGAAGGCGGGAGGUAAGAAGCCUUUUAAGAACAAGAAGCAAGCAGGACUCAUGACUUAUCCAACCUAUUCCCAGAAGGUCUGUAAUGUGGAGGACACUGGAAAAUGGUGUGCUUACCACCGCAAGCAUGAUCACAACACAGAGGAUUGCUAUACUCUGAAGAAUGAAAUGGCGAGGCUAAUCCGCCGGGGCCAUCUGAAGAAGUUUGUACAAGAUGGUAAUGCGGGAGAUUUCAGGAACGCUCAGAAUGGGAAGCGGAGAGAUAAGGAGGUGGCCCAGGCUGAGGCCUGGGAAAAACGCCACAUCGGGCUGGAGGAUGAAGAGGAGGACUCUGAGCCCGCUCCACACCGCCAGAAGAGACAUCACGGGUGUUACUUCAUCAUUGGAGGGAAUACUGGCGGAGACUCAGCCACGAGCCGGAAGAAGUGGGCCAACGCGGCGAUGGUCAAUAAGGUGCUGGCCCCGGAAGGUAAGAAGCUGAAAGCUGAGCCAAUUGUAUUUUCCAAUGCUGAUUUGCUAGAAACAGGGGUCCCCCAUAGGGACGCCCUGGUGAUCACGAUUGAUAUAAUGGACUUACUGAUCCACAAAACUCUCGUGGAUACGGGAAGUUCUGUUAAUAUCAUGUAUAUGGAUACUUACAAGGCUCUUGGUUUGACAAGAGAUGAGUUAUCACCCAUUAAGACUCCGCUGACCGGGUUCACAGGCGACUCUAUUGAACCGGAGGGGGUAAUAACUCUCCCGGUCAAAAUAGGGGAUACUAAGGCCACCCGGAAGUUGGAUAUGGAGUUCGUUGUAGUGGGGAUAAUCUCCAAUACCAACAUCAUCCUAGGCAGACCCGGAUUAGAAGAUUUGGAGUGUGUCAUCUCACCUCGUCACCUAUGCAUACAGUUCCCAACCCCCCAUGGAGUUGGAAUUGCCAGGGGAUCCCAGAGAUUGUCCCGGGCGUGGUAUUUGAAGGCAACUAAACAGCCUAUCAAGUACGACACCCAAGUGGGGGAAGUAACCGCACAGCUCCUAAGGGCCGAGGAGAGACGUCCCAGAGUAGAAGUUGCAGGCGACAUUGAGGAGGUUGAGCUGGAGCCGGGCACGCCGGGAAGGUUGGUCAAAAUUGGAAAGGGCCUGGGGGCUGAACUCAGGUCGCGGGUGAUCUCUGUUCUUAGAAGGUUCAAAAAAGUCUUUGCAUUGAGUCCAGCUGAUAUGCCAGGGCUAGAUCACAAGAUCGCUGAUGCUAAACCGGUGAAGCAGAAGUGGAGGCAUUUGUCACAGGAAAGGAGAGAUUUCGUGAAGAAGGAGGUAGCAACCUUGCAGAGCAUUGGACAUAUCCGGGAGGGUGGAAAAUUCCUCGGGCACAUGGUUAGCCGGAGAGGGAUUGAAGCAAACCCGGAAAAGGUUAGGGCCAUCAUGGAGAUGGAACCACCGAAGACGGCAAAGGAAGUCCAGCGGCUGACAGGGAGAUUGGCGGCUUUGAAUUAUUUCCUUUCAAAGCUGGCAGAGAAGGCGCACCCAUUCUUUACCGUAAUCAAGAAGAGGGAGACCUUCGAAUGGACGCAAGAAUGUCAAGAAGCAUUUGAAGAAUUGAAAAGAUAUUUGGCAAGUCCUCCGGUUUUAUCCAAGCCGGAACCUGGAGAUGUCCUGAUUUUAUACUUAGCAAUUGCAGAUUGUGCUAUCAGUGCUGUAAUUGUGAGGAAAGAGAAUGGGGCCCAACAUCCGAUCUACUACGUCAGCAAGACCUUGAGAGACGCGGAGUUAAGGUAUUCCCGUCCGGAAAAGGCCAUGCUAGCGGUUUUCUGGACGGCGAAGAGAUUAAAUCCGUACUUUCAGGCUCACCGGAUUGUGGUGCUCACCAAUGAGCCUUUGGCGUCACUUACCCGGAGUCCAGCGGCAUCAGCCCGGAUGACCAAGUGGGUGGUCUUCAUCAGUCAGUACAGUGUGGAGUUCAGGCCACGUCCAUCAAUCAAAGAGCAGGCACUUGCCGACUUUCAGGUUGAGUGUACUGCCAGGGAGAUGACAAGAGCACAGGCCGAAACCCGGGUAGAAGACGACUGGUGGGUGAUGAGCAUCGAUGUAUCUUCUGGGUCUCGAUCCUGCGGAGCAGGUAUUGUUUUGGUUACUCCGGAAAAUUUCCGGAUAUAUUACGCUAUCAGAUUUAUGUUCCGCGCAUCCAACAAUGAAGCUGAAUAUGAGCCCCUGAUCAACGGAUUGAAGAUUCUUGGCAAGUUGGGAGUGUCCAAGGUUCAAGUAUAUAGCGAAUCCGGAUUGGUGGUAGGACAGAUCACUGGGGAGUUUGAAGCAAAGGAAGAAAGGAUGAAGAGGUAUCGAGACCUGUCCUUGGAAAUGUUGGGAAGGUUCGAGUUUAAGCUUGAACACAUACCCCGGGCGCAAAACGCGGAAGCUGAUGUUCUGUCCAAGCUCAGCGCAGAAUCGCUAGAAUAUAUAAGCAAAUUAGCAACGGUCGAGGAACUGGAAACCCCGAGUCUUAACAGGGAUGAAUUGCUUUGGGUGUUAGCUGAUCCCCCAGAGUGGUUGGAAAGGCUUGCCAGAUACAUUGAGGACGGUGUAGCCCCGAAGGACCCCCAAGAAGCUCGGGUUGGACAGGCAAGAUGGAUUGUGGUGGCCAUAGACUAUUUCACCAAGUGGGUGGAGGCUGAGCCACUUGCUAGGAUAACUGGGAGGCAGAUGAUCGACUUCGUGGAAACCAAUAUACUUUGUAGGUUCGGGGUCCCGAAGCAGAUCAUAUCCGACAAAGGAACCCAGUUUGAGGAAGCAGGAUUCCAAAACUUCCUCAAAACUUGGGGAAUUCAGCAUACAAAGGUUUCUGUGGCCUACCCUCAAGCUAAUGGGCAGGUGGAGAACGUCAACAGAACAAUCAUAAGUGGAAUAAAAAAGAAGCUACUUUCAGAAGGAAGCAAAUGGGUGGAUGAACUACCCAGAAUCCUGUGGACGUACAGAACAACUCCAAUGAGGGCUACAGGUGACACUCCCUUUGGCUUAGCCUAUGGUUUCGAAGCCCGGGCUCCAGCUGAGACGGUGAUCCCUACCAGGAGAGAAAUGGAAUAUGACCCGGAAGUAAAUGAACAGAAUUAGGCCAUAGAGCUGAACUUCAUAGAAGAACAAAGAGAUGAAGCGCGAAUCCGGGCAGAGAAUUAUCGUCGCCAGGUGAAGUCUUACUUUGACAGUAAGGUGAAACCGAGGGCGUUCCAGGUGGGGGAUUACGUCCUGAGGAAGCGAGAGAAGAGUCAACCAACUAAGGGUGGGAAGCUGGCUAAGAAAUAUGAAGGACCUUA